AUGUCUUCGGUACCACUUAGUCAGUUGACAAAGGAACAGAGAGAGGAAUUAAUGUGCGUUUACUCCUCUCUAGUCUUGCACGACGAUGGAUUAGAUGUAACGCAAGAGAACAUACUUAAACUCGUUAAGGCAGCAAAGGGGGACAUACAGCCAUUUACGCCAAUGCUUUUUGCAAGAGCACUGAAAGGAAAGGAUCUUGGCGCAUUAUUCUCAGCAGUAGGAUCAGGCGGUGGAGCAGCUCCAGUCGCAGCAGCGGCAGCAGAAGCAGCUCCAGCAGCCCAGGAAUCAAAGAAGGAAGAACCAAAGGAGGAAGAAGAGGAAGAAGAUAUGGGUUUCUCACUCUUCGAUUAA